UCCAAAGAAGAAAAAAAACAAGAGCUCUCCGAUCUUCGAUAAGCUCGAACAACCUUCAGCGACGACUCUCAUCGUUUGCUCUUUUGUUGCUUAUGUUGCGAAAUUAGACGAAUCUACUCUUCGGUUCGGUGGCUUUGCUCGGUGUCGCGAAUCGUUGUUGAAUUUCGUUUAGAUCACAUAUUUCUCGAUUUUUUUUCUCUAACGCGUUUCUCGCAGAUUAUUGCGAUCUUGUCGGUGCUUUUGUUUCGCUUUAUUUUUGUGUUGUUUGAAAAUGGAUGCAGGUAUUAGGAACGCUUCUUCGCUCUUGAAGCUUUGCAGUCAGUGGUUAUUUCCACCAAGGUUUCUUCCCGCAAUAAAUUCUCGCGACAAUGCCGAUAGAUUCAUACCGAACAGACCCGCCAUGGAUUUCGACUAUGCUCAUUACAUACUGACCGAAGGAUGGAAAGAGAAGGAGAAAACGUCAACAACCACAGAGGUGAGUUCCCCAUCUAGAGAGGCCUAUAGGAAUCAAUUGGCUGUGAUAUUCAACAUGAACCGGACCCACAUUCUCGCCUUCAAGAAUAAACCUCCUGCUCCCGUGAAACCGCUUCCCAGCGACCAAUCUGUAUCUCUUCACCGGCAGCCUAAAUCUGUGAAGCCUCAUAGAAACAUUUGUCAGAAGACUGUAAGUAUACUUGAUGCCCCUGAAAUCAAGGAUGACUUCUACCUCAACUUGUUGGAUUGGGGGAGCGAAAAUGUUCUCGCCAUAGCAUUGGACCAAACUGUAUAUUUGUUGGAUGCUUCCAGUCGUUCCAUAUCCGAGCUUAUGACAGUUGUUGACGAGAAGGGGCCUGUGACAAGUGUCAAUUGGGCGCCUGAUGGUCGUCAUAUUGCAGUUGGUCUCAACAAUUCUGAAGUGCAGCUGUGGGAUUCUGCAUCCAACCGUAUGCUCAGGACUUUGUGCAGUGGCCACACCUCUAGAGUAGGAUCAUUGGCAUGGAACAAUCACAUCUUGACAACUGGAGGAAUGGACAGACAGAUCAUCAACAAUGACAUCAGGAUUAGAUCACACAUCGUGGGGACUUACAGGGGCCACAAGGAUGAGGUAUGUGGGCUGAAAUGGGCAGAAUAUGGCACGAAAUUAGCAAGUGGUGGAAACGACAAUCUCGUACACAUAUGGGAUCAGUCCAUGGCAUCUUCAAACUCACGUACACAAUGGCUUCACCGGCUGGAGGAUCAUACAUCUGCAGUUAAGGCUCUUGCAUUGUGUCCAUUCCAAGGGAACUUGCUUGCAACAGGGGGUGGUGACAGAGAUGGGGCUAUCAGAUUCUGGAACACAAACUCUGGAGCUUGCUUGAACUGUGUCGAAACUGGUUCCCAGGUUAGUGGUCUGAUAUGGAGCAAGAACGAAAGGGAAUUGCUUAGUUGUCACGGGUUUGUACAAAAUCAACUUACCCUAUGGAAGUACCCGUCAAUGGCGAAAAUGGCAGAGCUCACAGGUCAUACCUGGAGAGUCCUGUCUAUGACCUAGGUAAAAGUAGCCAUUACGGUUGCAGCUAACAAAGAUGAUUCACAGCGUAACAAUGGUUGUACGGUUGCUUCAGCGGCAGGAGAUGAGACAUUGAGGUUCUGGAAUGUUUUCGGAGAUCCAAAGGCAAUUACAAAAGCUGCUGCUAAAGCCAAUCCCAAGCCUUUUUCCCAUGUGAGGCAUCAUAUACGGUAAAGACCAGAGUUAGAUCUGUACAGAUACGUACACCUCCUGGUAUUCAGGUACAGACAGAUAUGGAGGCUUGUGUAUAUUUUCACUUGAAGCUCGGGUGUAUUUCGACUCUUCAUUUUUAUAUCCAAAUGUAAUGUGCUAUAGCUCAUAGCUGUAUGAUGACAACUAUAUUAUAACAAUAUCAUGAUUGAAACCGAGAAUAAUCAAAGUA